AUGAGCAUAGUUGCUGUAGGAGCCUCUCGUGGUGACUCCCGCACCCCUCUCUUUGAGGGGUGUUCUCCCUCCCCCCUCUUGCCCUCUGUUGCUUCUGCUGCUACGGCCGAUCUCGUUGGUUUCGAGUCGGUCGGCGCUGCGUCUGCCCCUUCGGGGAAGCGCCGCACAGGCAAGGGCAAGGGGGGCAAAGGCGCGGGAGGAGCUGGUGGGGGCGGUGGAGGUGGCGGUGGAGCAGGCGGAGGGGGUGGGGGUGGUAGUGGGAGUGGUGGUGGGGGUGGAGGUCGGGGUGGGGGUACUGGUCCGUGCACCUACGUCCUGCGCACCGGCGACCGUGCGGGUGAGCAGUGUGGGGGUGCGCACCCCACCCAGCGCUGCUUUGGCCGCCUAACGGACGCUUGGCGUCACCAGUUCCCUGAGGCCACAAAGAUCCUUCGCUGGGGCGAGCUGUCUAGGGCGGGGGUUGCUAUCUUUGACCUUUUGUUUGAUGCUAUUCUUGCUGCUAUGUAUGCUGUGACUAUUAGUGAUGAGGGUGACUGUUACCGGUAUUUUCCGCCCGACCCGGGCAUUGAGACUGCUGCUCUAGGUGCUCGUGAGGCUGCUGCUCUUGGUGCUAGUAAGGCUGCUGCUCUAGGUGCUAGUGCGUCUGCUUCCUCAGGUGCUGGUGAGUCUGCUCUCUCAGGUACUGCGUCGGCUUCGGCCUCCCUCACCUUCACCCUUGACUCUGGGGCCUCUCGAUCCUUCUUUCGAGACCGCACCACACUCACGCCGCUUGGUCGGCCAGUUGCAGUCUCGCUGGCAGACCCCUCUGGGGGUCCUGUCCUUGCUCACUUCUCCACUGUCCUCCCGUGUCCGGAGGCCCCCUCUGGCACCCUGUCUGGUCUUUACCUCCCCUCGUUCUCUACAAACUUGGUGUGUCCCAGGUAG